CUCAGCACGUCCUUCAACAGUUCAAGGUCGAGGGCCUGGUGUAGUUUAAGAGUGUGUCAACAGUGAUCCAUUCCUUGUGAUGAUGCUUCUUGUGGCCCAGAACCUCAUGACAUGUUGAAGUGAUUGCCUCCCUGAUCCCCUUCCAGUUGUUCUCCAUAUUGGUUUCCUCUCCAUUGAGUAGAUCGUGAAAGGCCUGCGACCUGUUGCUGAUGGCUAUCUUGAAUUCGUUGUCAGUUAUGACGUAGGACCAGGCACAUAUGUACAUCGGUCCAAGUUGCCAUACCUCAUUAGCACAACAAGAUGAACGCCGAAUUCAUAGAAGUAGUAACUUCAAUGGUAGUAAUGUAUAAAAGUUUUGUAUAAUGAUAUAGUACAGGAAGAAAGAAUUAUUUAGUAGAAAGAAAGAUAUGAAACGAUUUUAAUCUCAUUGUUUAAGGGAAGACAAAAAGUGAAUACACCGACGCCAUUGUGAUCGAUUCUGAGCCAUGUCGCCCAGAAUUUAUCAGUAUCCCGAAAGAAGACCGUAUGAACGUUUCAUGAUGUCCGCUCCGUUGUCCAGUGCUUCUUGGACUGGCAGUAACCCCAGAAAGGCUCCAGGCGGACUAAUAAGUGGGACAAGUCUGGUUGCUGUUAAGUGUGCGAACAAAAUCCUCACUUUUAUAUCCAUUUCUGUAUCCAUUCACUAAAGUUACAACAAUUUUCAUCAUUUUGGUCUGACAUUCUAAUUUGUCUCAAACCACCACCCAUUUUAACGGUUAGCAGUGGUAACUUGGCGCACUAAGUACCCCCCUAUCUAUAUCUUUAUACAGCCUGCGAUUAUUUCCGGCUUAUACCAAGAAAUUUUAGCCCACACACAAAUUAAGUGACUUGUGUGGCGCAUAUGUAUUCGGUGCCUCUUUGUACCAAUAUUUAUGUGUUCACAUAAACAAAACAAAUAAAUUCACUGAACUUUUGUUUUGUAGGUGAUGUACACCUGUUUCUUAUACAAUAGUUUCUUUGAUAUUACCGUUCGCUUCUAUUCUUGAUCUUUAGGUUAUUUAUUUUAUCUUUCGGCAAACUGGUUGGCACCUGAAUUUACAGUCACUCAUCACACACUGCACAAUGGACGAAGAAGAACUUUCUUUUAUACCCUACAGCACAUCUUACGUGUGGAAGCCCCCAAUAAAACUAUCUGAUUGCUCGUCUGAAUAUCUCCAAAAUUGUCCUGUUGACUACAGUCUUUUGGAAAACCCCUUUGCUUCCAAACCAGACGUGUAUAAUGCCGAACAGGAAGCAAAAUUAUGGCAAGGAUUGGGUAUAUUAACAACUAGUACUAGUGUGGUCGAUAGUGAGAAGCCGCCGAGUGAGAAUCCUUACUACCUAACAGCAGUACCUGGUCUCCACAGCAAGCGGGAAUUGAAACGAAUUCGUCGAGCUGAACGCAAAAGCAAACUGUCAAACUGGUUUGAUCUUCCGAGACCUGAUGUCACUGAAGAAGAUCGUGAUGAUUUAGAAUUAAUUAGAUUACGUCGCGCUAUUUCAUCAGAUACACACGUGAGAAGAUCGGAUGGGAAGUCUGUUUACUUCCAGAGAGGUGUAGUUGUAGAUGAUCCUGGAAGCUUCUACGAUAGACUGCCGCGAAAACAAAGAGGGAAAACACUUGUAGAUGAGCUUCUAGCUAAUGCUGAAAUUAUGAAGGCUCAACGGAAACGAUAUGCCAAGAUUGCACGUGCUAUGGCUGAAAAACGGGCUGCUAUCAAAAGAAAAGAACAACAACAAAUGAAGCGCUUAAAAACUGGUCGUAAAAAACAACAAGCAACAGUUGUUGUUCGUGAAUGAUUCAUUUGUGAUUAAGCCUACAGUUUGUACAUAUAUUUGUGGAUUAAAUCGCGUUCAAUUGUA